UCUCUGUUCAAUUCAUCUUUUUUUCUUUCAAUCAUCAGCAACAAUCAGAAUUAAUUUUAAUUCAGUUAACUAAAAAGCAACGUUCUAAAGUGUAGAUUAAUUGUGAAUCUUCAUCAAUGAAAAUCGUAUCUUCUUGAGAGUAACAUUUCUAAUAUUUAAUUCCUUAUAAGAAACAAUUGUCACCGUUAUAAAGAAAAACCUUUUUUUUUUGUUGUUUAUGUUUUUUUCCUCUGUUUCCAUUUUGUUAUACAAUUUAUUUCUCCAAUUAAAUUGGUUGUCAAUCAAAUUUAAAUCAACCAACAUUAACCAUAAUGUGCUCCACAAUUAGGCCGGAAAAUGUUCACAGCCAUCAAUUGGACUCCAACAAUGAUUCAGAUGAAGAGAUAUUUGAAGAUGCAAAUGAACAACUUGACGUUGACCUUAACGGCAACAAUGGUGACUCUUUACUUAAGGAAAAACAAUCAAUCAAACUGACCAGCGCUGAUAUGGAUCUCAUUUUACGUGAAUGUCGAGCUCAUGUUGACCUGUUCAUGAACUAUCAGUUCGAUGAGGCCAUGAAAUCGUGCGAAUCUAAACGGGAUCAAUCGUUUGUCUUUGAAUGUGGAACAGCAGCUUUAUAUGCAAUCAGAGCUCUUUUCUCAAUGGAAGAACCGAUUCUGGAUGAAGCCUUUGCUAAGAUUGAACGAGCCAUGGAUGUUAUUGAUCGUUCCCGUCGAAAGACAAGUUUGGUCUCAAAGCUUUGGGGAUCGAUUAAUGCUGCUAGUUACUCAGAAGAGGAAUGUCACGCUGAAAUGAUGUACGCAGAGCUUAAUAUUGGCUGGAUCUUAUUAGCGGUUCUAAGAGCUAAAACCUUUUCGACUUUAUUAAAAGUGGUUAUGAGACUUAGAGAAACAAUUUAUAUUUACAGAAAAUGUCGAAAAAUUUUAGAAGAACGAGAAAACUGGUUAACUCCUUAUACGAAGAAAAAUUUCGAAGCUGGUCUUCGAAUUGGGUCAGGAUUCUUUAAUCUGGCGAUUUCGUACAUUCCAGCUCGAGUUCUAAAAUUAAUCGAAAUGUUUGGUUUCUCAGGAACUCGAGAAGAAGCUUUUUCUCAUCUUAAACAAGUUUCGAUCGGUGAUUGGGGUUUUCGAAGUCCGAUUGCGGCCAUGUUACUUCUCGCUCACGAAUGCACUGUAGAAUUCACCUUUGGACUUGGUGAACCUGAAAUGUCAUUUAUGGAGGAAAUUUUAUCCACUUGGGAUAUUUACUCAAAGAGUGGAUUUGGAAAAUUUUAUCGAGCCUUAUUUUCACUUGUUAAUGGUCGUAUCGAAGAGGCGAUCGAUUAUUACAAUCAAGCAAUUAAAUUAAGUCCUGCCAAUGAAUGGAACCAAAUUGACUUCGCUUGUUAUUGGGGAUUAGUUUUUUCACAUGCAAUCUUAGGUGACUAUGAGAAAGCUGCUAAUUAUGCCAAUCGUUUAUUAAAAGAUUGCAAAUGGUCACCCUGUACAUCGCUAUACAUGGAAGCUUGUUUCAGAUACAUGGUUAACCUUGAUAAGAAAGAUGCAAUUCUUGCUCAAGAGAUAUCCAAAAAUAUGAAGAAAGUACCGAAACAAUUAAGACGAGUGGCCGGUAAAAGUAUUUACCUGGAAAAAAGUUUAGUUAAAAGGUCACAAUUAUAUUUCAUUGAAGGUGAAACUUUACUUUUACCUGUGAUGGAAUUAUUUUAUAUAUGGAAUAUUUUUCCCGUUCUUGGUAAAUGUCCGAAUAUUUUGGAUAAACUUUUACGAACUGUUGAAAGGGAAAUUAAAUGUCACUCGAAAGAUUCAAAGAGUUACCAUAAAUAUUAUUAUCUAACCUUCAUGAAGGGUAUUUGUUUACGGUAUCUCAAUUAUCCCCUUCAGGCGAUUUCAUGUUUCAUUGAGGUUAUUCAAUGUGAUCGAGAUCUUGAAUCUUAUGUUUACCUACAACCUCAUGCAUGUAUGGAGAUUGGUUUAAUCUAUCGAACUCAAGGAAAUUUCGAGUCGAGUCUCGAUUGGCUUCGAAAGGCCAAGAAAAAUUAUCGUAAAUACAUGAAUGAAUCUAUGGUAUAUUUCCGUAUCCAUUGUGCUGUUCAUCGUAUUAAGUGUGUCCAAAAACAGAAAGAAAGUUCAACUAAGGAAAAUGUUCCAAAUGAUUUUCGAGAAGACGAAGAUGAUGAUCAAUUCUCAGAUUCUAACGAUGAUUAAUUGUUUGACGAAAUUAACUCAAAAGAUGUUGAAAAUUUUCCAAUUUUGUCAAAGACAAUUUGAUUAUUUACAAUCAGUAAUUGUAAAAAUUAUUCUACAAAAUUCUGUUCAUCGAUAUAAUAAAUUAAAUUAUUAUCUCAGAAACUUU